UCACGGUAAGCCGCUCGCUCUCUUGCACACUCACUUCCAACGCUUGCAAGUGUACAGACGUGUUGUUCGUGGUUGCACCCUCGUUUGACCGUUUUCCAGUUGAAAGCAGCAAAAAGGAUAUUCUGACUCCCGGAGCAAAAGGGAAAAGAACCUUUCACCAGCGAAAACUUAGCAGAAAGCAAUUUGUUCGCGCGUCCUUCAACCAUAGUCUAUAAGUACAGUAAGUAGGUAGGUAAAGAUAAAGUAUGCGUUUGCGGCUGCCAAAUGAAACGAAAUAGAAUACAGAAAAGGACGGAACAGAAGAUGCAACACAAACACAAAUGCAAAAGCACGACAUAGAAAGAGCGAGAAAGACACGAUUGUACCUGCCUGCUGUCGUCCCGCUUCCCAGCAAAAGUGGAAAGUUUAGUACUCAUUCUUCAAGCGUAAGAUUUGGAACAUAAAACCAAACCAAACAAAACUCAAAGUAGUGUGCAGUAAAUUGAGAAAAAAAACAAAGGCGAAAGUAAUAUAACAAACCAGCGCCGUAAAAGUAGUGUAUGUUCGUGUGUGUGUGUAUGUGUGUGUUUGUGUGCUAUCAUUAUUAGCGUGUGUGAAACGCGAAACGCGCAAGCAAAAGCCGUAUCAAUGUAUCUAAACUAAAAACAGCAGUUGCGAUCAGCAUUAAACACAUUCUUCAACAAAACCGUAGAACGUAUUCUCUAUUUCUAUCUCUCUCUAACUAGAGUAUCUAUUAGUAGUGUUACUACCAUUUCUACUACUAUAGUGGCAGUUUGUAGAGAAAAAAAAAACCACACACACAGAAUAAAAGGUGGAGUAGCUCUCCCCAAAGUGUAUAUUGAAGCUUGGUGGCCGCGUAGAUUGAUCAGCACGAUCAGCACGAUCUCCCAGCAGCAGCAGCAGCAGGAGCAAGCGGCAACUGGAGCAGCGAACGGAAAGAUGCUGUUUGAAACGACUAUAUCGCCCGCAAAAAUGUAUCAGUACAAUGUGCCUCCACCGAUGCAGGGCCCGGCGGCCGUUCCCGUACCGAACAUAAGAUUGCACGCCGCCACUUAUGGUGCCGGCACACUCGAUCCGAAUGGAAUUCUGGACACACACGAUCUACACACUACGCUGGUGCCCCUUAAGCCGGCGCUGCUCGCAUCCCAGGCAGCCGUCGUAGCCGCGACCCAACAGCAACAGAUGAAGAGAGAGCAGUCGCAAACGUCACAGCAGCAGGCCCAGGUACUGUCACCGCAGCAGCAGCAGCAGCCCCAGCCGACCGCCGCCCAACAGCAGCAGCAGCUCCAGGCCCAGCUCCAGCAGCAACAGGUGCAGGCCCAGGUCCAGCAGCAGCAGCAGCAGCAGGCGGCGGCACAGCAGCAAGCCCAGCAGCAGCAAGCGCAGGCCCAGCAGCAGGCCCAGCAGCAGGCACAGCAGCAGCAGCAGGUGGUGGCACAGCAACAGCAGCAGGUUAAUGGAGCGAGCGUUAACGGUUGCGCCAAGACGGGCGGCAACGCCAGCAACGGCAGCUCGUCCGGCCGCUCCACACCGAACAAUGGUAGCGAUCCGGCACCGGGCAAGCUGUUUGUCGGCGGGCUGAGCUGGCAGACGUCGUCGGAGAAGCUGAGCGAGUACUUCGGCAUGUUCGGCACGGUUACGGACGUACUGAUCAUGAAGGAUCCCGUCACCCAGCGAAGCCGCGGUUUCGGGUUCAUCACAUUCCAGGAGCCGAACAGCGUGGACAAGGUGCUGCAGGUGCCGAUACACACGCUCGACGGCAAGAAGAUCGAUCCGAAGCACGCGACGCCGAAGAACCGCCCCAAGACGCAGUCGAACAAGACGAAGAAAAUCUUCGUCGGCGGCGUCAGCCAGGACACGUCGGCCGAGGAGGUGAAGGCGUACUUCAGCCAGUUCGGCAAGGUGGAGGAGACGGUGAUGCUGAUGGACCAACAGACGAAGCGCCACCGCGGCUUCGGCUUCGUCACGUUCGAGAACGAGGACGUGGUCGACCGGGUGUGCGAGAUUCACUUCCACACGAUCAAGAACAAGAAGGUGGAGUGCAAGAAGGCGCAGCCGAAGGAGGCGGUCGCACCGACCGCCCAGCAGCUGCUCCAGAAGCGCAUCAUCCUGGGCAAUCUGGGCGUGCCGAUGGGUGCGGGCGCUCCGAGCUCGGCCGCCGCCGCUGCCCGGCUGGUCGGGGCGGCCCAGGCCGGUGGCAAUCCGGGGCUGGUCAAUCCGCUCGCCGCCAACCCGCUGAUGGUGCAGGCGCAGGCGGCCCAGGCGGCUCAGGCGGCCCAGGCGGCCCAGGCUGCCGCGAUGCAGCUGCAGAACGGGUUCGGCAAAGUCUUCACUACAUAUCCUCCGACACUGCAUAGCUUUAGAUACUCGCCAUACAGCAUUCCAUCGGCUGCCGCUGCCGCCGCUAAUGCAGCCGCCGGCGUGAAUCCGCUGACGAGCGUGUCCGCCAACCAGGCCGCCCAGGGCCAGCCGCAGCAGGUACCGCACCCGACGUCCGUCGCCGGCGCCACGGUGGCGACGCAGGGCGCCCCGCAGCAGACGAGCCAGCAGGCCGCGGCCGCCGCCCAGAUGGCAGCCGCCGGUUUGACGAACCCGUACCAGGGCUACAGCCUGGCCAAUGUAGACAUGUCGAGCUUCCAGGGCGUCGACUGGGGCUCGCUGUACGGCAUGGGAAUAUUGUACCCUGAGAGCCACUGUUGAGAGCUCCGCCGUCUUCACCGCUAUCGUCUGUUUCCUUAGUAGGAGGUGGUGGCAGCAGUAAGCGAAUGCAACGCAUCCCCCACCAUUGCAUUGCAUUCAUCUUCCGGUUGGUCGGUUGAUCGGAGUUAAAGCCGAUGAUGCUGGCCGCCAACCCGUAAAUGGGGUGCAUAUGUAGUGCAGAAGACAAGAUCACUGUACUCAUCAUCAUCAUCAUCCUGAUCAUCAUCACGAUACAUCGUAAAGACUGUUUUAGUUCUGUUAAGUUUUAUUUAGUCGAACGGAGGAUAUUAUUUUAGAUUUGCGUUUAUUGUACACCAAUACAGCGAGCGGAGCGCUGCUCUUCAACAGUGUGGAUCGAUCAAUGAGAAAACUUGUAUUUCAUUUCAACUCUAUCAUUUUACAACAUACGAUUCAAUCACUUGCUCUCGAUAGCUUUGCAACAACGGUCAUUAAAGAUAAGUAAUAAUUAUUUUUAACCCACAUCCCGACCCAAUCCAUUCAUAUGGCGGCUCAGAUGGUGGAAGCAGUAAGCUCUCGCCCCAAAUACCCGAACAAAAAAACCCCGGUCGUUGCACAUUUCGUCUUGGCAAACAUACACAUUCAUGUCAAUAUUGUUCGGCGUACAGAUUUUCUCUCCCCAACUCUCCUCCAACGAACAGAGCGUGAGGGGAGAAGCAAACGAUGGGGAGAACUGCAAGAAACCCCAAAUCCAUCAAUCAAAGACCGAUCCGUGUGCGCUCUGCUCUACACUUUCCAUUCUUUCUUCUACUUCGAACAUGCCUUCCCUCCAAGCAGUGUGAUGAUUUUCUGUAUUAUUAUUAUUAUUAAUACUAUUGCGCUAUUUUUAGGCCAGAAGCGCUCAAAUGUGUCCGUCACUGUUUCGGAUUUCAAGUACCGUGCAGUUUUUGGCGUGGCCGGACGUUCUGGGACUAAUUCCUUCACGGCUCAUAAUGUUGCCUCCAAUGGAAGCACAUCCAAGUGUUUGUGUGUGUGUGUUUUAAAACCAACCGAGCUCGAAGAAUGAACCCGAUUGAGCAGCGAUCGGCGAAUGCAGUGGUCGGCAAUGCAUUGCACGUGUGCACGGCGUAGUUUUCAAUUGCAUGAUUUUGAACUAUUAUUAACUAAGGUCAUGGGAAAACAUGCGUACUUAAUUGAUUGUACAGUGGAUUGUUGUUGUAUGGCAGAUAAAAAUGCAUCAUCAAACACAGCUGCACUGGCUCACCGUCUGGAGUUACGGAUGCGUUUCUCCAUUUCCUAUGAUACUGGUUUAUUGCUUUUACCUAAAUAAACCAUUUUCCUUUUUUUGUGUGAAGCAAUUCUUCUUCUUCUUUGGCUCAACAACCGAUGUCGGUCAAGGCCUGC